AUGAUAUCGCAAUUUGCAGAAGGCAAAAGUAAUUCGUGGGAUAAGGAGCUCCAAAAGCCAGCCUUAGCAAUUCGAACUUCCGUCAAUGAACCAACGCGAGAAACCCCCGCUUUUCUGAAUCUGGGACCCGAUCCACGCCUCCCUCUGGACCUGCUUAUUGGAGACACGACCAGCGGCCCACCGGGAAGUCCGAAUGAUCAAAAAAAGGCCACUAAAACCUAUCGAGAUCGGCUUACACAAGAUCUGAAAUACGCGAUUAAUCGACGUUUAAGCGCUCGACAUUUGAGCGCCCGACAGUUGAGCGAUCGACAUUUGAGUGACCGAGAGUUGAGCGACCCCGACACUUGAGCGAUCCCCGCAUUUAAGCGCCCCGACAUUUGAGUAAUAACGACCGUUCAGCACCAAGUGCUCACCCUCCCCCCCCCCCCCCCCAACGCCCCCCCCCCCUACCCCACACCGCCUCAAAAAUCGGGUGGCCG